AUAAAGAAUUGGCUAGUAAUAGCAUAGAAAUAAAUUUUAAACUUAAAGAAGAUACUGAAAGCAACAUCUUGCAAAGUAGUGUAAAGAAAAUCCCUUACUUUAAAAAAAAUGCUUUUGGAAAUCAAAAUAAAGCAUCACCCAACCUGUGUGUAGUACCACUUCCAAAUUUCACAGUUAAUAAGAUUGAAAAGAAAAAUGUUCAAAAAAAUAUUGUUAUAACUUGUCUCAGACGCCUUACACUUCCUCAUAAGUAUAUUGAUGGUGAAACAAAACUUAGUCCAUUUAUUCAAAUGAUUGAAUUAGAUGAAAAAGGUUUAAUUUUUGAUAAUCCAGCAAUAGAGGCUUUAAUAAAUUUUUGUUGGAAACCUGCAAAAAGAUAUUUAUUACUACAUUUCUUUAUGUUUAUACAAUAUGCAGGUUGUUAUGGUAUAUUAGUUUGGGCUUAUACAACACAUCAAAACAAUUCAAAUAAUCUUCGAAACUUUUUAAUUUUAGUUAUGAGUUAUUUUUAUUUUACAGGAUAUCGUCUUUUGUCAACUGAAUUCACACAAUUAAAAUAUUAUAAAUCUGGAAAAUAUUUUUCUAAUAAAUACAACAUAUUGGAUAUUAUUGCUAUUAUUGUACCCUUAAUAGUUGAAACAACUAUAAUAGUUAAAUCAUUUGAAAUUGAAGAUGCAUUUGGUAGCGUUAAACCUGAUCAAGGAACAAUUGCUGCUAUAUCUAUUUCAAUGUUAUUUCUUUGGAUUGAAUUUGUAAGUGUAGGAAUUUAUAUUAUAAUCACAGAAAAGCUUUUGGUGACUGUUCGGCCAUUUUUGAUAUUUAUGCUUAUUGUUAUAUUGGCAUUUUCUCAUACAAU